CCACCCAUACCGGAACAGUUCUGUCAUUCUGUCAGAUCGAAUCCUCUGCUACGUCUCAUAUGAAAGAAUCGAGAAAAAAAUAAAAAGGGUAAGUUUCCGUCGUUUCAAUUGCGGACCCAACCGCAGAAUCGGUUGACAGAUUCUCUUGUCUAACGGACCUCUAAAGAUACUGACUGCUACAUUACAACCUGAACUCCUCACAACAGCGUCCCAAGUAAUUCAUCUUCAUAUCUUGGAGAUUUGCGGUAACACUAACACAUGAACACUCUGCAGCGACAUUGUUUCUUGAACACGCCAGAUAAGUGGGGAUUGUCGCGGCUUGUAGGUUGAACUGGAAUUCCUUCUGGAUAUUGAAGUAGAACGCUGCCGAACUGUUACAUUCCUGAUCAUGUGACAGCUGUACGCGGAAGUCAGCUGACGGCCAGUCGCGAGCAGCAUGGCGAUAGAAUGGCAUCUAAUGCUGUCAUUGCUGGCCUGCAGCUUUGCGCUGACUCCUCGGGAGACCCCUUCCCGGGAACUGAAGGAACUGAAUGGAUUGUGGAGCUUCCGGGCGGAUCAGUCUGCAAACAGGAACCAAGGAUUCGAGGAGACCUGGUACUCGCAAUCCCUGAGAGAGACAGGGCCAGUGAUCGAUAUGCCUGUUCCAUCAAGUUACAAUGACAUCACACAGGACCACAAACUGAGAGAUUUCAUUGGCUGGGUGUGGUACGAAAAGGAAGUUUGGAUGCCCAAGCACUGGACGCUGCCUAAUGCAGGAAUAAGAGUUGUGCUCCAUGUUGGUAGUGCCAAUUACUACACUGUUGUUUGGGUAAAUGGGGCUGAGGUUGCCUUUCAUGAAGGUGGACACCUUCCUUUUGAAGCAGACAUCACUAAAGUUAUUCAGAACAGGCCAACUAAUAAAUGCAGAAUCACCAUUGCUGUAAACAACACACUUACCCCUUAUACUUUACCUCCUGGAAGGAUUCAGCACAUGACUGAUACAAAAAGAUAUCCUCCAGGUUACUUUGUACAGAUUACACAGUUUGAUUUCUUCAACUAUGCUGGGAUUCAUCGACCAGUUUUACUAUACACCAUGCCCAGUGUCUACAUAGAUGACGUGACCAUUGUAACAGAUUUUGAAGAUGAUAAAGGGAUUGUAUAUUAUAAAAUAUCCGUACAGGGGAGCGCACACUACUCCUUAUCAGUAAAGUUGUAUAACCAAAGAGGACAGCCUGUUUCUUCAGUCACAGGUGGAGCUCCAGUUGGACAUUUGAUAAUAAGUGACCCAAUUCCCUGGUGGCCAUACCUAAUGCAUGAGAGCCCUGCGUACCUUUAUAAUCUUGAGGUUUACAUAAAAAGCAAAAAUGAUAGCGUCUGUUAUGAAGAUGUUUACACAUUACCAGUUGGACUUCGUAAGGUCCAAGUUACCAAGACCCAGUUCCUUAUCAAUGGGAAGCCAUUCUAUUUCCAUGGAGUGAAUAAACAUGAAGAUUCAGAUAUACGAGGGAAAGGCCUUGACUGGUCGUUGAUUAUCAAGGACUUUAACCUUCUUCGAUGGCUGGGUGCAAAUUCUUUCCGUACAAGCCAUUAUCCAUAUGCAGAAGAAAUUAUGGAUUUGUGUGACAAAUAUGGGAUUGUGGUCAUUGAUGAGUGCCCAGGCGUGGGCAUCAAAGAUCCUGUGAGCUUUGGAAAUAAAUCCCUUGCUCAUCAUUUGAAUGUAAUGGAAGAACUAGUGAACAGAGAUAAAAACCGGCCAUCUGUAGUGAUGUGGUCUGUUGCUAACGAACCAGCAUCUGGACUACCACAAGCAAAUCAUUACUUCAAGACGCUAAUAUCCUCUACUAAAGCAAUGGAUCCAACCAGGCCUGUUACCUUUGUUACAGAUACCAGCUAUGAGAAUGACAAAGCUAUGCAAUAUACAGACGUUAUUUGCGUGAACAGCUAUUUUUCGUGGUACCAUGAUGCAGGCCAUUUGGAGGUCAUUCAAUUACAACUUAACAAUCAGUUUGAAAACUGGUAUAAUAAAUACCAAAAACCAAUUAUUCAGAGUGAAUACGGAGCAGAUACUAUUGCAGGACUGCAUAGUGAUCCCCCAGUAAUGUUUUCAGAAGAGUACCAAAAGGCUGUCAUGCAGGAGUAUUUUGUGGUAUUUGAUGAAAGAAGAAAAGACUAUCUGAUUGGAGAACUAAUCUGGAAUUUUGCAGACUUCAUGACUGCUCAGAGUACAGAACGAGUAGCUGGGAACAAAAAGGGGAUCUUCACUCGUCAGAGACAGCCUAAAUCAGCAGCUUUUGUUCUUCGGGAUCGCUACUGGAAACUGGCCAACAGGACUAAAUAAUUAUUUUAUGGUAUCACAUUGGUGGCCAGAGAAUACAGAAGAAACUGCAUGCAGAAGCUUUAAAUGAAAUAUUUUUUCCUCCCUAGGGGUAUGGGCUUUGCUGGCUGGUCAGCAUUUCUCAUCCAUUCUUAAUUGUCCUUGAGAAGAAUGGUGAGCUGCAGUCUCCCUCUGUAACAGCUAUAGUCCAUUUGGUGUAGGAGGAUGUUGUCGAGGGAGAUCAAGGCUUUUGGUCCAGCAAGUGAUGAAAGGGUGAUUAUUUCCAAGCCAGAUUUGAAAAAGUGACUGAGAUGAACCUGCAGGUGGAGGUGGUGUUCCCUUGUCCUUCUAGAUAGGUGGUAGUAGUAGGAGAACGCUUUGAAACGUAGAAUCCAUGAGCCAAUUUGUGCAUAGAAAAUUCUCAAAC